AAAUGGACUAUCUCCAGUAUAGAACAAUAUUUUGGAAUUAUGAUUUUCUCAUGGUGAUAAUUAAAACAUUAUGACUUCUCAUCGUACUUGUAAUUUUUCUGGUACAAUUGAAGUGCUGGUCUCGCCUGAACUGAAAAUCCCAGUUCCAUCAGCUAGUGCAGGGUUGCCGGUCGCUAGUCUUCCAGUCAAAACUCAUUCCGAUUUCCAGUGUUUUGAAGAAUUGUUGUAGUACUCAGAUAAAUCCGGAUAUGACUUUUAAAGGAGGAAGCAGUCGUUUUGGAAAUGACAGAAAAAAGGGUGGAUUUGGGACAGGUGACCAGUGGAGAGGUAGCGAAAAGAGGAAAAAAGAAUUUGGUGGGAAGAGGGAAUCAGGAGUGAACGUCUGUGAGCAAAACUGGGGACCCACAACGUUGCAUCCAUUUACCAAAGACUUGUACCAGCCUCAUCCAGCUGUAGAAAACAGGUCCAGAGAGGAAGUAGAAGCGUUCAGAUCUGCACACCAGAUUACUGUGAAAGGAGAUGCACCUAAUCCCAUCCAACACUUCGAGGAAGUAAAUUUCCCUGAUUAUGUGGUAAAUGAAAUUAGAAAGUCUGGAUUUGAAUCACCUACAGCUAUCCAGUGUCAGGGGUGGCCAAUUGCCAUGAGUGGUCGUGAUCUGGUGGGAAUAGCUCAAACUGGCUCUGGGAAGACAUUGGCUUACAUCUUGCCAGCAACUGUGCACAUCAACAAUCAGGAGCAUCUGUCACGGGGAGAUGGCCCCAUAGCACUAGUCCUGGCUCCAACCCGGGAGCUUGCCCAACAGAUCCAGACAAUUGCGAAGAUCUUUGGCUCUUCAUCAUACAUCCGAAAUACAUGUGUGUUUGGGGGAGCCCCCAAAGGCCCACAGGCACGGGAUUUGGAGCGUGGGGUAGAGAUAUGCAUUGCAACUCCAGGUCGCCUGAUUGACUUCCUGGAGAGAGGAACAACCAAUUUGAAGCGUUGCACAUACUUAGUUUUGGAUGAGGCAGACAGGAUGCUUGACAUGGGAUUUGAACCACAGAUACGCAGAAUCAUUGAGCAAAUUCGGCCAGACCGACAGACGCUGAUGUGGUCAGCCACAUGGCCAAAGGAAGUGCGCAGUCUAGCGGAGGAGUUUUUGAACAACUAUGUGCAAGUGAACAUUGGAUCCUUGCAGUUGGCAGCCAACCACAACAUAGUGCAAAAUGUUGAGGUCUGUCAGGAGUACGAGAAGGAACAGAAGUUGGCCACACUUCUAGAAGAAAUUGCAUCAGAAGAAAACAACAAGACCCUCAUAUUUGUUGAGACAAAGAGGAAAGUUGAAAAUAUUACCAGGAGUAUUCGACGUCUUGGUUAUCCAGCAGUGUGUAUGCAUGGAGACAAGUCACAACAUGAGAGGGAUUAUGUUCUGAGAGAGUUCAGAAAUGGGAGGUCCCCCAUCCUGGUUGCAACAGAUGUGGCAGCAAGAGGCCUGGAUGUGGAUGGGAUCAAAUAUGUGAUCAACUUUGAUUACCCAAACUCCUCUGAAGAUUACAUCCACCGCAUCGGUCGCACUGGCCGUCACAAUGCAACAGGCACAUCCUACGCAUUCUUUACCCCAAACAACAGUCGACAAGCCAAGGACCUGGUGUCAGUACUUCGAGAGGCAAAUCAGGAGGUUAACCCUAAGCUGGCUGAGCUGGCCAGGCAAGGUGGUGGAGGGUAUGGAAAAAGAGGUGGCCAACGUUGGGGAUAUGGAAGCUAUGGUCGUGGCCGAGAGAACUAUGGUGGUGGAGUGAAGAACACGCAUAAGCGGUUUGAUAGCAAUGACUACUCAGAGUACAGUUGAUUAUUAUCUACCAAUCGUAUUUAAAGUGGAAUGUAGAACAAGUGAUGGAUUUAUUAAUUUGCUCUGGCAGAACAUGGAUGUGCAUUUGGCUGCUACUGAAAGCUGUUGUCGCCCUCUGUUUGACAGUAUUGUAUUCAUUGUGAUCCGAUAUACUGGUCAUAUUGACAGCUCACCAGAGUCUAUCAUUCCAAUGUAAUGUGAAAUGAUGUAUUAAAACAUUUGAUAACUGAAAA